AAAUCGAUGGAACACUCAAAGAAUCGUAAGGUGGUAAAUCAAGCUCUUCCUGUUUCACACAGCAUCACAAAAUCUGCUCAUACAAAUCGCAGAGCAUCAUUUCCAUUGCCAACAAGAGGUGGUAUUCAGCAGCCUCCUUUCAGGCAGACUGUUGGUUUACUUAGCAAUGUGUCUUCACUUGAUAUCUCAGUAAACUCUCCUCGUAUUGAUAAGAUAGUUGUUUUCCUAUGAGUGUAAGACAUGCAAAUAUGCAAAAGACCAU